UAUUUGGCGCGCUUGCAAUUACUUUAUAUAUCAAUAUCUAAGAGAAUAAUAACAUCGUUAGCACAUCAAUGAAAAUGGAUUCCAACUUAGGACGUGGAUUUUAUGAGGUAUAUAAUUCCUCUAAAGAAAUACUGAAAAAUAACCAGAAGCACCUGUAUCAUAGUAUGCUAGAUCUACUAGCUAGCACGAGUAAGAGUACUCCUGCUGCAGUUGUUGGGAAGAUUUUACGUUCCGAUGAAUUUGUCCGUUUUUGGAUUGAGGACAUAUUACCGUUGGCUUUCGACGAAGAUGCUACAAUACAGGGUAGUGCGAUAAAUGCUUUAGAGCAAGGUUUGUUAACAUUAGACAUUAGCAAUAUACCAAAUGGUAGUUGUUGGAAUGGUGUUAAAAAUAAGAUUGUGAAAGAGUAUGCUCCGCGUGUGCAUCAACUGCGAGAAGACAGGAGCCAAUACUGGCAUCGUGUUUGGUGCAUACUAAUUCGUUUAUUGGAUCGGGAGAUACUGAAAAGCGCCAGCACAAUAAAUUUAUUUUUAUCCAUUGUUGAACUUGGAUUUCGUAGUCCCGAUAAUUCCGUCAGAGCAGAAGCAUUUACAUGUUGGCGUCUUCUUAUUCAAAUAUUUGCCAGCCAUAAUCAAUUAACAUCUCCUAAAAGAUUAAAGCUCGUUUGUAUUCCUCUCAAAUCUUCUCAGUCGAAGACUCCAUAUGUCGCUGCGGUCAAAUUACGUAUUUGGUGGUACUUGAUAACAUGUUUGGGCCCACAAAUAAAUGAGAAUUUUGAGAACGUCGUUGAAACGUUUCUAAUAUUUUGUUUUGGUUCAGAGUCAAAAGGCACUCCCGGAAUUAUACAGCAGUACCUAUCGGUUCGAGAACUUGCAUUGACAUGCUUGGCUACAAUUGUAUCAAAAGAGCAGGACGAUUUUCUUCAAAGAUUAUUAAGGGAAUAUGAGAUGGAACCUUUAGCUCAAAAUACACAAAUAGUAAAUUCCAAUAUAAUAGAAAAUUUUGGUAAAUCUAUAUUUUAUGCUGUAUUUGAAGCUUCUAACUUGCUAAUCGAAAAUGGAAAACAGAGUGAUUUAGAACUCAGAUUACUAAAUGUAAUUAUAAAGAAUUCAACUCGCAUAUUAAUAAACAAUGAUAUUGCUUCAUUAUUUGAGUACUUUUGCGAUGGUUUAAGACAAAUAACUGAAAAAAGUUGUAUACCUAUAAAAAUCGUUGCGGACGUGAUUGGAACUGAAGGCUUACGAUUUUCUCAUUCUUUAAGUGAUUUUGAUAAUUAUAUUAAAAUCUUACACUAUCUGGUACAAUUCCUGACAUCUGGACGAGAAUUUAUUUCACAUAAUAUUAUUCAGCAAUGCAUAUCUCAAAUUUCUAAUUUAGACGCCUUUAUAUCAAAAAAUAUGUGUUGGCGCGCGGUAGAAGUAAUAGCCGACUACCUUGUCAAUAUGCUAAAUGACGAAGACUUUGUUUAUUUUGAAAUUAAAUUUUUAAUUUGGCGUCAUAUAUCAUCAGAGAUGGUAAAUACUAUCAGAAAUAAAACUUUCGGUCGAACGGCAGAUGAAUUCAUUGAUAUACUAAUAUCAUGGAGUUUAUGGCCAUUGCGGAUGGUUACUGAAUUUACUGGGCGUCGUAACACUACUAUCUUCGACGAACAUUUUUAUUUGCUUUGGCAUAAUUUACUGCAGCUUUCUGAAAACACUGUUGGUAGAAUGCAACUGUUAACGGAAGUUGCCGAAGUUUUAAGUACAAUGUUGAGAUCAGAUUAUGAGUGGGGAGUUUUUGUUAAUCUAUUUAACGCAUAUGCUGAUGAAGUAAUGAAACACGAUUGCGCUAACUAUUCAAAGCACUACGAACAAUUAUUUUUAAUUUUACAAGAAGUAAUUCAAAAGAAAUUACAGUCAAAGGAGAAAGAAAAAUUACUUACAAUAUUCCGGUGCGUUCUACAUGGUUUAAAAACACCUGACAGCAGUUUGUUGGAGUCAAUUAAAUGUUCACUAAAGCAUGUUAUUCGUAAUUCCUCUAAAGGAGGAGUAAACUCAAAAUUUUAUGAAGAAUGGAAACAUUCUAUUCUAAAUAUCGUACGUGCUUUUAUAGACAAAAACUUUACAAAUCAAGUUACGGAAUUAUUUAAAGAUGAUGUAUAUGUCAUAAUACCAUCCGUCUGGAGCCUUAAACCUGAAAAGUUGACUGACCGACAAAAGGAACGUAUUGCCGAGAAAACAAGUAUCCCUGCAUUAUAUAACGACAUGAGUCAGUCGCAAGACUCUUUAAUAAAACCCUGGACUCCGAAGAAAAUUGUUAUAGCAAAGGAAGAUCAAAAUGAGAUAAUUAUUGAAGGUUUGAACAUGCGACGAAAUCAAAAUAUUUCAACUGUAAGAGAUGAAUUUCAAAACAAAACCAGCCUAGAUAUUUCAUCAAGUCAUAAAAAUAUUGGAGCAGUACCAAGUACAUCCAAAGAAAAUUUGGAAACUUUACUUAAUAAUUCAAUUGACAAAUCAAAUAUGGAAAUGGACCACAACAAACCUCAAGAGGUUAAUGCCAAAAAAUGCAAUUCGAAAGAGGCAAAUGAAAUUGACGAUGAAGACUUAACUCCUAUUAUAAAUUCCAAAGUAUCACAAGCAGUAAACAAUGAAUCAUAUCCUAGAUGUAUAACUGAAGAUUCCAUAAGAGCUGCCCCGAACGAUUUUCGAGAUAAUCACCUUAUGAAUUGUGUUGAGAGUAAUGAAACAGAAUCCGUAAACACAGCUAGUGUGUCAGAAAGUGUGAAGGAAGCUUCUCCAAAAAAAUCAUCAACAAAGAAUUCUCUUUUGUUGUCACCACCUGACCGUAAGCUUACAAAUAAUAACAGCAGUCCUAAGUUACGUCCUAAGCCACCAGCUCACCUCACUGGAAGAGGAGCGCAAUUAAUCAAUAUGAUACGUAAUAGAAAAAUGGACGCGCAAUCACCACAAACUCCAAUGCCUAGAUUAUUUGUAGCUAAAACUGACAGCAUAGAUCGUACAGUACCUGAUAUGGAUAUAACAGUGGUAGAGCAUACAUCAACACCGCUAGCGUCAAAAGAUAUUUUGACUUUCUCUAAACGGCUUCCUUCUCCAUCUGCUAGCCCUUCCACCAGUAUUUUGAAAAGAAAUCGGAGAGAAAGUCUUGAGGAUAUAUCUUUUGAUUCACCGGCUUGCAAGAAAAAGAGAGUUAGUUUUCAUGAUCCACCGGUUUCUUUAACCAAGGAGUAUAUAAAGUAUAAUGAUGAAAAUAAAUCCAAACCCAAGCGUUGCCUGAUUAUGGAUAAAAUGCAUUCCAGUAUUGAGAAAGGUUCGGAAAAUAAAUAUUUACUGAAACGAAGAAGUAAACUGGAUAGUAUUAUUGAGAUUGAAAAGUUUUCAAUUCAACAGCCAAACAAAUUACAAGAGCAAUUGAUGAAUCAAAGUGUGCGUGCCGAAGAUAUUGAUGAUGACAAUAUUUGUUGUUUAGACACUGAAGAAAACGAAUCAAGUAAUAAAAUAGGUUCUUCAAAACUAACUCAAAAUAGCUUAAAUCUAUCAGAGAAAAAAAAUGAGACUGGUUUGCCAAGUAAUGCUCUUGAAUUGGUCAUAGAGAAAUAUACUUUGGACGAACUAUUGGAAAAAUAUUUAGAUUGCGGCAAAGACACAAAAUUAAAGCAUUAUAAUACAAUUGCGAAAACUAUGUCAAAAGGAAUGAGUGACAAUUCUAAAAUAAAAGAGGGCAUUCUUGAAGCACUUUCGGAAAAUCAUUCUAAAGACUUUUUGGAUCAUGCCAUAAGAGAAAAUCUAGCUUCGGUUGUGUGUGAUCGUUUAAAUCUACCUUCAGUUAUUGAAUAUGUCUGUGAAAAGUCCAAAAUCAAUACUGCCUGUAGAGCUAAUUUGUUCGCACAAAUACCAGAUAUUCUUAAGCACUGCAAACAAGACGCUGAACGCUUAAAAGUUUUACAAACAAUGUUCGGUAGUAGCAGUUUAAAAGACUCGGAUAUUUUGGAUUUGAUUCAAACAUUGUUGCGUAUGAGGUCGAUGGACAAAACCAUGUCAGUAACUGUAUCAGAAGCAGCUAUAGAUUCUUCAUCUAAUCUAUAAUAUUUAAUUGCUUAUUUUAAAAAUAUUUUAAUAUUUCUACAAUAUUACACUACUAUGUACAGAAUAAUUAAAAUAAAAAUGUUAACUGGGCAUAACACAUUAAA